CUUCAUCCAGCUGCAUUGCUGCACUGAUGCACUUGGACCUUCUCAUCUGUCAACGUCUCAGCUAUUCUAAGAAUUGAUGAAGCGUGUUGUGGUCACUGGAGUCGGUCUAGUCACGCCGUUGGGCUCUGGUGUAAAGUAUGCUUGGGAAAGACUCAUUGCUGGCCACUCUGGCAUCAAGUCGCUUAUUGGCCACGAUGGCAAUGAUGCUUACGCAAGUCUGCCAUCUACUGUUGGUGCCAUUGUGCCUCGUGGCACUGGACCUGGUGAAUGGAACACAGACGGAAUCCUUGCUCGUGGAGAGGGUCGCAGUAUGGCGCUCUUCACUCAAUACGCAGUCUCUGCUGCACAUCAAGCGCUCGACGAUGCUGGCUGGCGUCCAGCUACAGAUCUUGAGCGUGAAAGAACAGGUGUCUGUCUUGGCUCUGGUAUUGGCUCAUUUGAUGAUGUCUAUGACACAAGCCUCGCCUUCAACAGCGGAGGCUUCCGUAAAGUCUCGCCACUGUUUGUCCCUCGCCUCCUCAUCAAUAUGGCAGCUGGUCACCUUUCCAUCAAGUAUGGUCUGAGGGGGCCGCACCACAGCGCGUCGACUGCAUGUACAACAGGCAACCAUUCGAUUGGCGAUGCAUCUCGCUUCAUUCAAUUUGGCGAUGCAGAUGUCAUGCUGGCUGGUGGUGCCGAGGCAUCCAUGCAUCCACUCGCUCUUGCGGGUUUUGCACGCGCCAAAUCACUCGCUACAAACUUCAACGAUGACCCAGAAUUAGCCUCUAGACCAUUCGACAAGGAUCGUUGUGGCUUCGUCAUGGGCGAAGGCAGUGGUGUGGUGGUACUCGAGUCGCUCGACCAUGCUAAAGCCAGAGGCGCACGUAUUUACGCAGAGGUCAGUGGAUAUGGCCUUUCUGGAGAUGCGCAUCACAUGACAGCACCGCAUGAGCAUGGUGAUGGUGCUGCACGCGCCAUGAAGAACGCACUCCGGCAUGCGGGGCUCAAGCCGAGUCAAGUUGAGUAUGUCAAUGCGCAUGCAACGUCUACACAUCUUGGCGAUAUUGCAGAGAACAGAGCCAUCAAGUCAGUUUUGCUCGGCGAUGGAGGCCACAGCCACGCUAAGCAUAUCAACGUCUCUAGCUGUAAAGGAGCUUUGGGACACUUGCUGGGCGCAGCAGGUGCAGUUGAAAGCAUCUUUACCAUCUUGGCACUACAUCACGGCAUUCUUCCUCCGACACGCAACUUGCACAAUAUCGAUGAUCCAGAAUUCAACUGCAACUAUGUACCCAACGAGGCACAACGCAAAGAGAUUAAGCAUGCACUGACCAACAGUUUUGGAUUCGGCGGGACCAAUGCAUCGCUCUGCUUCUCCAAGUUUUAGAAGCAAAAGACUUGGUCGUUCAACUUGGACACGGCCCUGGCCUUUUCGUAGCCAAGGGAUUCGGCAACUUUCUUCAUGGCCGUCAUCAUGGGUGGUGGCCCACACA